CAAUUCAAGGCACGUGGUUGCCUGGAAAUAAGCGUCUUUUGAUGCCAAAAUGUUCCCCAUUCCUCCAGGUCAGACUCCAAUGUUUCCACCAUAUACCCCACUCCAGCCAUUACAGCCAGAAGCAGGAUUUGGGGAAAAUCCACCUGUUCCACCUAUUCCACCUGUGACUGGCACACCCCCGGACGGUUCAGCACCGGUUCCUCGUCUCGCAGACUUUGUCUGUCCCCCACGACCUAACCAUGGCACAGAUGGCAAACCAAUCUUGCUCAAAGCUAAUCACUUUCAGGUCCGCAUCCCAAAGGGCUUCAUACACCACUACGACAUCUCCAUAACUCCCGACAAAUGUCCUCGAAGAGUGAACAGGGAAAUCAUCGAAACCAUGGUCAACUCAUACAGUCAGAAAAUUUUUCAAGGACAGAAACCAGUGUUUGACGGCAGAAAGAACUUGUACAGUCGUGAGCCACUUCCUAUUGGAAGGGAAAAGGUCGAGUUGCAAGUAACAUUACCGGGAGAGGGCAAAGAUAGAGAAUUUAACGUAGUCAUCAAAUGGCAGGCACAAGUGAGCUUGUUUGCUCUUGAAGAGUCGUUAGCGGGGCGUAUACACCAGGUUCCCACUGACGCAACCCAGGCACUAGACGUCAUAUUACGUCAUCUUCCCAGCAUGACCUACACACCAGUGGGUCGAUCCUUUUUCUCCCCACCGGAGGGGUAUGACCAUCCCCUAGGAGGCGGUAGAGAGGUGUGGUUUGGUUUUCAUCAAAGUGUCCGCCCAUCUCACUGGAAAAUGAUGCUCAACAUUGAUGUGUCUGCUACAGCAUUUUAUAAGGCUCAGCCUGUUAUUGAAUUCCUAUGUGAAGUUUUGGAUAUCAAGGAUAUAAGCGAACAGAAGCGACCGCUGACGGACUCGCAAAGAGUCAAGUUCACAAAGGAAAUAAAAGGACUUAAAGUAGAAAUCACCCAUUGUGGAACAAUGAAGAGAAAAUACAGAGUGUGUAACGUAACACGAAGGCCAGCACAAACUCAGUCGUUUCCUCUACAGUUAGAUUCUGGUCAGACAGUUGAAUGUACAGUUGCCAGAUACUUCCUGGAAAGAUACAAGAUGAAACUCAUGUACCCUCAUUUACCGUGUCUUCAAGUGGGACAAGAACAGAAACAUACAUAUUUACCAUUGGAGGUGUGCAAUGUUGUUGGUGGCCAGAGGUGUAUCAAGAAGCUGACAGAUAUGCAGACCUCGACAAUGAUCAAGGCCACAGCAAGGUCUGCCCCUGACAGAGAAAAGGAGAUUAAUAACCUUGUACAAAAAGCUGAUUUCAACCAAGAUCCCUACCUGCAAACGUUCGGGAUUAAUGUCAACUACCAAAUGACGGAGGUCAGGGGUCGCGUGCUGCCACCUCCACGGAUAGAGUACGGCGGCAGGCAGACAAAGGCCCAGGCUGUACCCAACCAGGGCGUAUGGGACAUGAGAGGCAAGCAGUUCUUCUCUGGUAUAGAGAUCCGUGUCUGGGCUAUCGCCUGCUUUGCACCACAACGAACUGUCCGAGAGGACGCUCUCAGGAAUUUCACCCAGCAGUUACAGAGGAUUUCCAAUGAUGCAGGCAUGCCAAUUGUGGGACAGCCUUGUUUCUGUAAAUAUGCCACAGGGCCAGACCAGGUGGAACCCAUGUUUAGAUACCUGAAAAAUACUUACCAGGGUCUGCAACUCAUUGUUGUUGUCCUGCCAGGCAAAACACCCGUGUAUGCUGAAGUGAAGAGAGUUGGAGACAUCCUGUUUGGACUUGCCACUCAAUGUGUCCAGGCUAAGAAUGUGAACAAAACCACACCUCAGACUUUAUCCAAUCUGUGUCUCAAGAUUAAUGUCAAGCUCGGUGGUAUCAACAACAUUCUACUUCCCAGUAUCCGACCAAAUGUAUUCCGGGAGCCAGUCAUUUUCCUGGGAGCUGAUGUGACUCACCCACCUGCUGGGGACGCUAGUAAACCCUCUAUUGCAGCUGUUGUCGGCAGUAUGGAUGCCCAUCCGAGUCGCUACUCCGCUACAGUUAGGGUGCAGCAACAUCGUCAAGAGAUUAUACAAGAGCUCUCGACAAUGGUGCGAGAGUUGCUCAUCCACUUCUACAAGGCCACUAGAUUUAAACCCACCCGUAUUAUCUUCUAUAGAGAUGGAGUCAGCGAGGGCCAGUUUGCACAGGUGCUGUCACAUGAACUACGAGCUGUGCGUGAAGCAUGUAUGAAGCUAGAGUUGGGUUAUCAGCCAGGCAUAACAUUCAUUGUAGUACAGAAACGACAUCACACUCGCCUCUUCUGUGCGGACAGAAAGGACCAGAUAGGGCGAAGUGGCAACAUUCCAGCAGGGACCACAGUCGAUGUGGGCAUCACCCACCCGACAGAAUUUGACUUCUAUUUAUGUAGUCAUGCAGGAAUACAGGGUACUAGCAGGCCGUCACAUUACCAUGUGUUAUGGGACGACAACCGUUUCCAGGCAGACGAACUGCAGACGCUAACCUACCAGCUGUGUCACACUUACGUCCGCUGUACACGAAGUGUUUCCAUUCCUGCUCCAGCCUACUACGCACACUUGGUGGCGUUUAGGGCACGUUAUCAUCUUGUGGAAAAGGAACAUGACAGUGGAGAGGGCAGUCGUCACUCUGACAAUAGUGAGGAUCGAACACCGACAGCCAUGGCUCGGGCUGUCACAGUUCACCCAGAUACCACCAGGGUCAUGUACUUUGCCUAAUUGACCAAGAGUGCCAGAAUUACUGGGAUUCCAGAGCUUUAAUUUCACAGUCCAUUCAACCUUAUGCAGCAAGACUCAAACCAGGUCUAUCUGGCGUUGUUUAUACUUGUAUUCUUAUUGACCAGACAUCAGAAUCAACAGCCAUCAACAAAAAAGACGCCUUGGUGUGACAAUUGUUCCUUGUGACAUAGACGCUUUGUUGUGACAAUUGUUCCUUGUGGCAAUGACGCCUUGGUGUGACAACUGUUUGGCAUGACAAGUGGACAUGUAUUUUAGAAUGUUCAAAUGCUCUUUUACCAUAUCGCCUCCCUGUACAUAGUGGACUUACCUGUUAAUUGAUAUUAAUUACCUGUACUUGAGCAGUGAGGGCCUGACACAGUAUCACUAAAUGUAUGGGUAGUUGUAACUUAGUUUUAACUUAAUCACAAUUGAUCAGCAUCCCCAUCUUUAAUAUUUACUCAAAAAGGUACUUAAAAAGCUAAACCAUAGUCUAUUAAAUGCCUUUGAAAUGGUUUAUGACUGAUGACUUAACCAGCUAUUUUUAAAACAGAACUGUUAUCUAAUUUUGUAUCUUGGGAAAUUUUCUAAGUAGCUGAUCUGUAGUGACUUUUUUAUUCCUUUGUCUUUUUUUUUCCUUCUUUUGUUUUUUUUAAUAUUUGUAGGUGUCAAACCAGUAGAAACGGUUUAAUAGUCAGAAAUUUUAUGUGUGAUUCAUGGCGUCAUUUAUUCCCACAACUAUUUAUUGUCAUCUUUUUUCUGUGUGUACAACAGAUGUUUGGGCUGUGAACAAGGAAGGUAGCAGGGACAGCCAUGGUAGUACCUCACAUCCUGCAAAGGAUAUAUACAAAUCCAAUAAUGCCCCACAAAAGUUUCUCUAAAAUCAUGUACUAUAGAUUUAUCUUGCCUUUUCUAUACCAUUAUCUAUAUAUCUGCUUGUUUUGAUGUACAAUCAAAGUGUGCCACCUACUGGCUGCAUUUUCUCCCUGCUACUUUCUCUGAUAUUUUAUUAAGAUUUUUAUACCUGCAUUUAUCAUAUGAUAGUACAUAUGUAGAAUUUGUAGUCCUAUGUGCUUAUUUUAAUGAUGUGGCCAAUGACAUAUACUGGGAAUUUAUCCGGUAGAAAGGUACGUACUGUGGUGCUGACAAAUAGCCAAAGUAGAAGACUUAUCUAAAAUUUCUUUCUUCUUAACUUUUAUCUGGAAUAGAUUUGUAUUUGAGGUUUGUAAUGUUCAUUUUAAAACAAAAUUGUGCAGGUAAUUUAAACAACUUUGAGUUUGAACUGUCUUUCAUUCUUGCCCUUUUGUGGUGCGAUAUGGCAGUUUGGUUUGGUUGAAACACACGAGGUUAAUUUGGGUAUUUUUCAAACCGAUAGUCUUGUAUUUAUUGAAUAGUCAGUUUAACCUUUUACUGUACAGGUUGAAAUUGCCAGCAUGCUAGUGAAAUAUGUUGAUCAUUCUUCACUAACAUUUUAUUAAUUGUAAGAUUUUAUAUGUUAGAAUUAUUUUGUGGGUGUUUGGCCUCCGUGAUUCUUGUACAUACAGUAGCUAUUACAACCAUGACACUGACAUCAUUGCCCAAGUUGAUGACAAACUGAGAGUGAGGGUAGUGUCUAGAUCCCUUUCAAUUUUCUACUGCUAAGUUGGAAAAACUGUGAAAUUCUGAUUUAAAUGUCAUAUAUAUUAUACAAUUUUAAAAGGAAACAUUAAUUUUACAAUUUUUUCCAACAUCUUAAUAGAAUAUGUACCAUUUAUCCCAAAAAAGGUUUGAUGUAAAUUCAAAUAUUUUGCUUUUUAAAAUUAACACAGUUUCGCCUAAUGUGUCAUUUAGCAUAAAAACCAUAGAUUUUUGUAUCGAGUCCCACCAGUGGUUUAAACCAAUACUACCUGUGUUGUAUCCACCUUGUAUUCUCAACACCUACAACCAAGCCUGUUCUCUUGUCUUCCCAGACACCAAGUCCCAUCUCGCUUGAAUAUUAUGCAAUUACAUUCAAAACAUUGGUUCAACUCAUUCUUAUCCAUUAAUAGAAGGCUAGCAGAUAUUCACACAACAGUAUUUUUGCAAUUAUUUUAGGGCCAGUAAAAUAUUUUCCAGUCAGAUAGAUUUUUUUGUAUAAUAUGUUCACUUAUUCCUGAUGUAUCAAGGGUUAUUGAAAACAAUGUAAUAGCACCAAAUACAGUUUUCAUAAAAAAAUUGGGUUCCAAUUUUAUACAAUGAAGUUUUCCGUAAUUUUGACAAAAAAUUUUGUAAUUAUUUAAAGAAUGUGUUGAAGUUGUUUGGUGAAUCAUGACAGUAGAAUUCAAUGGAAUCGUGAUAAAAUUUGUUAGAGAACUGAAAAUUCAGAGAUUCUUAUAUUGUUUCAAAAAUCAGAAUAUUGAUUAUGCAAUCAUUGUUUUUGAGACCUUUUACCAGAUAACAUUUCUUAACUAUAGAAGUAGACAUUGUUUUUAUAAAACAAGGACUUAUUUAAUGUAUGGGCCCAGUCUUGUAAUGUUAGUAAUGUCAGAAGUAAUUACAUUAGGCAGGCAGUGUCAGAUAUGAGGAUAUUUUUAGGGGGGAGGGGAGAUGUCAAUGUAUACCAACUGUUGUUGGUGUCCAUGUACCACUGUUUAUUGCAUUGUCACAGUUUUCCAAAUAAGAUUCUUGAAUACUCUUAUUAAUAAUAAAAUGUCUAGUCAACCAAAACUGCGAUAGGUCCUGUCACUUUAUUUCUGUUUAUUGGACAAAGAUAGCCUUUAGAUUCCAAAUUACUUUUAUUGUAUAUAAAAUUUAUCAAUUGAGUUUGAAGUAUUUUUCUAGCUGUAUUUGAAACAAAAAUAUUCUGCAUUCAAGUCAAGUAAGAAUAUAUUCACUACAUAAUAAGAUAAUUUUAUCUACAGUAAUUUGUGUUUUCAAUGAUGAAUUUUACUCACCUAGAUUUUUUCCUGUACGAGUGCCUCCUUACUACAUUGUAAUAUUAAGUGUAGAUAACCUUGUGUACCAACGUGAUGGCCUGUGUGGUUGUGUUUGCUUUAAAAGGAGUGUACUGAUAUAUAUAGCCUUCAACAAUGUUUGCCUAUAAACCAAGAAAAAAUACGUAACCAAAUGUUUCAUUCAAAUUUGUUUGCUUUUGAAAUGCUAGAGAUAAAGUCCGAGAUUCUUGUUUGUUGAUGUCUCACUCAGAACAAUAGACUAGUGCAUAUAUAUGACAUCUGUUAUUAAGGAUCCUUAUCAAAACAUUCCAUACAACAUUUAAAACUGAAAAAUAAAGAGAAAGUGAGAUAUUAGUUGAAUAAAAUCAAAUGCCCCCCAUCCCAAUCCACCAAUCAAGCAUUUUGAUAUAUAUUCCAAGUUGGUGUGUUUUUAAUACUGGCUGGAGACUGUUUCUACAAGUUUGUGGUUGUCUAUGAUUGAUAAUACCAAAGUAUUGGAAAUGUAUUGUAAUGGUUCAGACUUUCUGUGGGACUUUGGUAUAGGAUUAGCAUGUUAUAAUAACAUUGGUAAACAGGACCUGAAGAGGAACAAAACAAGACACUCUCACACUAUAUCUUAUACUUUUUCGUGUUGUGGUUGCAUAUCUCUUAUUUUAUUGAAAAUGAUUCGCUUACAACCAAACCCACCUAGUCUUGACACAAGGCUGAAAAAGCAUUCCUUUAUUUUACAAUUUAUCUGCAGAUUAUAUCUAGACGAAAGUCCACAGUUAUAAGUGCCAUUGGGACUGUCAUGUUGAUCAUAUAGUUUUCAGUGGCAGUCCUGUGAAUGAAAUAGUCCUACUUUUGUGGUGGUGAUUUGAAUGUAAAGUUAAACUAGUCCUAUAUCACAACUUUGUUGUAUAUGUAGUCAAAUUCAUGUGAAAGCAAUUUGUUGUGUGAAAAUGUCCUUAAUGCAAAUUGUCAUUACAUCUAAUUGAUAUGAUUUUUUUUCUCUUUAAAUAUUUUUAUUAUUGAUGCAAUUUGUAUAGGCCUACAGAAGUGUAUGUGUUGGGCUUUAUGUAUAGGAUCAUUGGUCUGCCAACAAGGUGCGUCAUUCUGAAGUCUUUGUUUAGAGUGCAAUUUUAAUGUCCAAAUUGUUCCAUUAUCAUAUCAAAAUGUGUGUGCUUUAUAGCAGGUCUGUUGUCCUUACGAAGACAUAUCAAGAUACCAUAAUGAUUCGUUUUAGCUCAAUAGUUCGUUUUGGAGAUGGCACUUACGAUAGUGUGGUAUCUGUUUUGUCCCGGUAUGUGUGUGCUGGUAAGCGUCUGUGAGUGAUUGUGAACAGUAAAGAGGUCCUAAUCAGUUUGUGUAUCAGAUGGGUCCCUUUCUGUUUUUGUUUCCACCCACCCUGGCCCAUUAUAUUGAGGGCCUUUGUCAUUCAGAAUUCCCUCAUCCGUAGGUAUCUUUUUUGUUAAAUAUGUAUGUAUAUUAUGACAAAGUGUUGAUGUGUUAUUUAAAAAAAAAUAUUUUCUUUUUUUCAUAAUUUGUACAUUUUUUUUUCUUUUGUAUGCUGGACAAUAUGGCAUCUGAUAAAAGUAUUGCAAACAAUUUAUGCAAGAAUGAAAGAAGGCAUUUUGUCCUGCCAUUUAUCUUAUCUGUCAGCCUUGUUUUCUGCGUUACCUAAGGUUCCCUUUAGGAUCGUGAUGGGAGAGAUUUGACAGAACCUGAAAUAUUAGGGGAUCAUCUUAUCACACUUAAACUACAAAUAACAAUUCAAGAUAUUUAAUUAAUAGUGUAGCUGGCAUUCACCCAAAUUUGUUUUUUAUAAUUUCACAAUCACUCGCUGCCUGUCAUGUGAAAUAAUUCAAACAGCCAAUCACAAGUGUUGCUAUAUAUUUCAGAGGGUCAAAAUCUCAUGUUUAUUCUUUUAAGAAUGAAAUAACAUGGUUGCAAAAGUUUGCAGUUCAUCAAAGUAAUCACUCUUCACUGCUCUGAAAGUGGAUCUGUUUUAUUAAGUUACGGAAAAUUUGAAUCUUAGGAGAUAGAUCUGCCAGCUAAUAAAACAAAAAUUUCUACCAUCUGCUAAGUAUUCACCUUAAACAUCAUUUAAUGAUCAGCCAGUACAAGUAUGUGUGUACUUAUCACAUAAUUCCAUUGUAGUUUUAAGUGACAUUUUACUGUAACCAUGGUAAUUUUAGGUCGGAAUACUUGUCCUUUUCCCUCAUUGUUCUGAAGCUUGAAUAAAAAAAAAUAGAGAAAGAAAUUGUCCACGCUGUUCAGAUGUUGUAGCCUGUAAUUUUGAUAAAAGGUUAAAAGUUUUGAACACUUAAAACAAGAACAAAUAGAGAGUGCAUUAAAGAAUAAAACUCUUAGAUGAUCAGGAGAGUAUUGAAGAACGAAUCAAACGUAGAAGAAACAGUGUUAUGAAAAGAGAACAAAAGACCAGCCUUUCUGUACAAAAAUUGGAUUGAACACAAGUUUGGAAACAUUUGUAUGUUGUAGUUAAAGAUUUAAAAUGUAACGGGAAAAAGUAUUCUUGAAUGUAUUUUUUUUUUGGUUUUGGGAACAAAAUCUGCCUUAAAGUUCAAAAUUGUUUACAGGUACAGAACAAUAUUAAAUCGGUGAACAGCAUUGAACACAACACUUCAAAGGUUACAACAGGUUAGGAAUCCAUAGGAUUAAUUGUGAACGGGUUUAUAUUUGUGCCUAUUUGUAAGGUUGUUUGCAUCCUGCCUUUCAAUCUGAUGUAUUUUGUAAUUUAAAACUUAAAGAUAUCCGUUCAUUCUAGGUUAAGGUUUAAAUUUUUAUGAAUGGUAAGUAGGAUUAGAUUUCUUUUUUAAUCUUUACAUCGGCAUAAAUGAACUAUCAUUACUGUGUGCAAAUGAAAGAGACCAUAAUAUGAUUUCCUGCAUCACAUUAACGGCUUGUGAUGCAAGUUGUACCAGGAAAUAAAAAUCUAACAUGACUUGUAAUAUUGAAUAGUAUGGAAAGUCAUGAAGUAACAGUGUUGUUUAUCUUUUGUCUAGCAAUAUGUGUUUCAUGGAGUCUUGUUUGGGCAAAGCAAUAUUCCACACAAUAAAUAAGAAAACAAGUCAGCAAUAUCACAAAGCAUAUGUAAUGUUUGUUAUCAGCUAGCUGCUGUUGUGUUUGGAGAAUAUUAAGGACUGAUCACUGCAGUGAAGUAUCUAGUUGAUUUUAUCCACUUAUCAUCUGUAUCUCAUGUUGUAUCAUAUUUCCCCCAGUCUAGUUAAGCACUGUUGCUUUUUAAAGAGUCCUAUAAGUAUUUUAAAUUAAUAAAAUGAAGAAAUGUAUAUUAAAAA